AGUGGGCGGACGGGCAGGGGGACCCCUGAUUCCGGGAGACUUGCCCGAUUUUCGGGAGCCUCCCGGCCAUUCCGGGAGAAUAGGCAAGUAUGGUUCUCAGUCUACGUAGUGCUGCUGCAUGUCUGGCUGGAGUGAAGCGGUUUACAGAUCUCUUGUGGUCACCUGACUUUGAGUGUUGGGAGCCACAUUUGAAUGAAGAAAGAGCCACGCGUUGGUCACCACUGGUACAGAUAGAUAGUCCUCACAUACAACUAUCUAGCAACGUCUCAACUGACACCUAGCGGAGACAAUGUAUAGUGCACCCCGUCCUGCGUCCUCAGCAAGCGGCGUGUGUCGGGAGUCAGGAGUGGACGCGUCACGGCCACGCCGGAAGCAGGAAGUGACGGGUGGUGUGUGAGCCGGGAGGCCUCCCUCAGCGCUGGUGGUGGGCGCCUGCAAGUGAGAGGCUGGUUGGGAGGAUAUACAUCAGGUUGACCCACUCCAAAUGGGGGAUGAAAAAGACACCUGGAAAGUAAAAACGCUGGACGAAAUUUUGCAAGAAAAGAAAAGGAGGAAAGAGAAAGAAGAAAAAACAGACCCAAAAGAUAACAAGAAUGCUGAUGAUCGUGAUUCCAAGAGAGAUUCCUUGGAAGAGGGGGAGUUGAGAGAUCACAGGAUGGAGAUUACAAUUAGAAAUUCACCUUACAAACGCGAGGAUUCAAUGGAAGACAGAGGUGAGGAAGAUGACUCACUCGCUAUAAAACCCCCACAGCAAGUUUCCCGAAAAGAAAAAUCCCACCACAGAAAAGAUGAGAAGAGGAAAGAGAAGCGUAGACAUCGUAGUCAUUCCGCUGAAGGAGCUGGAGGUAAAUAUGUCCGCGUUAAGGAGAAGGACAGAGAGCACGAGAGGCGAAAGAGACACAGAGAGGAGCAAGACAAAGUUCGCCGUGACAGAGAGAGACUGAAGAGGAGAGAGAUGGCCAGGGAGCAUUCCAGAAGGGAACGGGAACAAUUUAAUGUUUGCAGUGACCGUCUGGAACAACUGGAACGUAAUCGUGAGCGUGAGAGAAAGAUACGGGAACAGCAGAAAGAGCUGAAGGAGCGGGAGAGGAGAGCGGAGGAGAGGCGCAAAGAGCGUGAGGCCAGGAGAGAAGGGCUCACAGGAUCUGCGCUUCCUCUGCGCAGGAAGCCAGGGCUCUUGCAAGAGAGUGAGAAAAUGCAGUACAGUGCACACUUUGCAGAUUCAAGAAUACUUGUAGAGUUUAGCACUCAAAUGGUUGCUCACCAUAGAACAGCUAGAGAGGAACAUGGAGACAAGGCCAAAGCCAAUUACCGCAGUCGCAGUCCCAUGCGACCGAUGCGGGAAAGAGUAGAGGCAGGAGAUGGGAGGAAACCAGUAAAAGAAGACAGACCAGAUGUAAGAGAUCUUCUGUCCGACCUACAGGAUAUCAGUGAUAGUGAGAGGAAAACCAGCUCUGCAGAAUCUUCCUCAGCAGGUUCAGGGUCCGGGUCAGAGGAAGAAGAGGAAACUAGCUCAGAGGAGUCUGAAGAACCCGAGGAAGAGGAAGAAGAGGAGGAGGAUGAGGAGGAAGAAGAGACUGGAAGUAAUUCUGAGGCAGCCUCAGACCAGACAGCAGAAGAGGUCAGUGAAGAUGAAAUGAGUGAGGAAGAGGAGAGGGAGAAUGGAAAUCAUGUUCCCAUUGUCCCAGAAUCAAGAUUUGACCAUGAUUCUCCUGAGAGUGAGGAAGAGGAUGAGGAAGAGGAAGAAGUAAGAAAUAUUAGCCCCCAUUCAAAUGCUCCGACAGAUGGUGAAUAUGUCCCAGACUCUCCAGUCAUGUCUCCCGUUGAGCUGAAGCAAGAGCUACCUAAAUACCUUCCUGCCCUCCAGGGAUGCCGUAGUGUAGAGGAAUUCCAGUGCUUGAACCGUAUAGAAGAAGGGACAUAUGGAGUCGUGUACAGAGCGAAGGACCGGAAAACUGAUGAAAUUGUAGCCCUGAAGAGGCUAAAAAUGGAAAAAGAGAAGGAAGGGUUCCCAAUAACCUCCCUCCGCGAGAUCAACACUAUAUUAAAGGCCCAGCAUGAUAACAUUGUCAGGGUCAGGGAAAUUGUUGUAGGAAGUAAUAUGGAUAAAAUCUACAUUGUAAUGAACUAUGUAGAACACGAUUUAAAGAGUCUUAUGGAGACCAUGAAGCAGCCUUUCCUACCAGGGGAGGUGAAAACCCUGAUGAUUCAGCUGCUACGGGGUGUCCGUCACCUUCAUGAUAACUGGAUUCUUCAUAGAGAUCUCAAGACUUCCAAUUUACUACUAAGUCAUGCUGGUAUAUUAAAGGUUGGAGAUUUUGGUUUGGCACGUGAAUAUGGUUCUCCUCUUAAACCUUAUACACCCAUAGUGGUCACCUUAUGGUAUCGGGCUCCGGAGCUUCUACUUGGCGCUAAGGAAUAUUCCACAGCCAUAGACAUGUGGUCGGUGGGGUGUAUAUUUGGUGAACUGCUGACCCAGAAACCUCUGUUCCCAGGAAAAUCUGAGAUUGAUCAGAUCAAUAAAAUAUUUAAGGAUCUGGGAACACCCAGUGAAAAGAUCUGGCCUGGUUACAAUGAGCUUCCAGCAAUAAAGAAAAUGACCUUUACUGAAUAUCCUUACAACAAUCUCCGAAAGAGAUUUGGAGCUCUCCUGUCAGACCAAGGAUUUGACCUCAUGAAUAAGUUCCUGACUUACUGCCCUACAAAAAGAAUUAAUUCAGAAGAUGGCUUAAAGCAUGAAUACUUCCGUGAGACCCCCCUGCCUAUAGACCCGUCCAUGUUCCCUACCUGGCCAGCAAAAAGUGAACAGCAGAGAGUCAAACGAGGCACAAGCCCCCGUCCACCAGAGGGGGGUCUCGGUUACAAAGAGCUGGGGGAUGAUGAUCUAAAAGAGACUGGGUUUCACUUGACCACCACCAAUCAGGGAGCAUCUGCAGCCGGACCCGGUUUCAGCCUCAAGUUUUAAAUCUUCCAAAAAGAAAAUGACUUUUAUUUUACCACGUUUGGAGAACUCAUGAGGUUGUUUAAACUCUCAGUCCCAACAUACCAACCCAUUACUGUAAAAGGCACAGCUACCAAUCUAUGAUAAAAAGAAUGUUUCAUUCCGAAGCAGGACCUUGAGACAUAAGCAAGGACUGGAGUCUUUGACUUAUUUAUUUUUCACUCUUGUAUAUUUGUAGAAUUAAAAUGCAAUUUUUAAUUGUUUAA